GCGCAUGCGCGGUGAGGGUGAAGGCGGUGGCGAUAGUAGUAGUCGGGUAUUCUGACAUAUUAUUUUUUUCUUCCUCUUCAUCUUCUCGUCCUCCUGUUUUGUUUUGUUUUUUUUCUGGGCUCCAGCUGUGGCCAUGUCGUACGGUCCGUUAGAGAUAUACCGGCCCGGGGGCCUUCCGCCCCGAGACUUCAGCGCCAUUAUCCAGACCUGCAGCACGAACGUACAGCGACUGGCACAAUGCACUUCUCAGAUAAAAAACUUAAUGAGUCAGUUGGGAACCAAGCAGGACUCCAGCAAACUACAAGAAAGCCUACAGCAGUUGCAGCACACAGCAAACCAGCUUGCCAAAGAGACCAAUGAAUACCUGAAGGAGCUGGGCUCCCUGCCACUCCCCUUGUCUACGUCAGAACAGCGCCAGCAGAAACUUCAGAAGGAGCGUUUAAUGAAUGACUUUUCCGCAGCCUUAAAUAACUUUCAAGCGGUGCAGAGAAGAGUGUCAGAAAAAGAGAAGGAGGCUGUUGCCCGUGCAAGAGCUGGUUCCCGUCUCUCUGGAGAUGAGAGGCGCAGAGAAGAGCAGUUGGUCUCAUUUGACAGCAAUGAAGAGUGGAAUCAGAUGCAGUCUCAGGAAGAAGAUGUCGCAAUAACAGAACAAGACCUUGAACUAAUUAAGGAGAGAGAAACUGCCAUUAGACAAUUGGAGGCAGAUAUUCUGGAUGUGAACCAGAUAUUUAAAGAUUUGGCUAUGAUGAUUCAUGACCAGGGAGACAUGAUUGAUAGCAUUGAAGCAAAUGUCGAAAAUGCAGAGGUUCAUGUGGAAAGUGCCAAUGAGCAAUUACAGAGAGCUGCUUAUCAUCAGAAGAAAUCACGUAAGAAGAUCUGCAUCCUGAUUCUUAGCCUGGCUGUGGCUUCUCUAAUCUUGAUAAUUAUUUUAUGGCAGGCAUUAAAAUGAAAUAUUUAUAUGGAAUUGCAUUAAUUACAGAGGUGUUGGUUCCCCACCUCCCCCAGGGGAAAAGGGUAGACAAGCAGUGGAAUGAAUUCAUUGAGAUGAGAUGGAAUACAAACUGGUUUUCCUCUAGUAAUUAUAAUAUAUAGAAACUAACAUGAAGAUAACUUGUUCUUGGACCUAGUGAACCAUGAAGACAGUAUUUAUCCGUUUAUGUAAAAUUUUAUGUAAUUAAACUUACCUUGUGGGUUUUUUGUUUUCUCUAUUAUAUUAUUGCUGUCCAAAAUGUAAAGUGUUGAAGAGUGUAAUCGGUAAUCUAGAUUAUCUUGUUAAUGGACAUAUGCACUACAUAUUUAACUUUUUAAAAUAUGUAUUGCUUUUAUAAGUGACUUGCAUAGGGAUAACCUUUGAGAAGGGGCAACAUCUCACUUACUGAGCAAUUCUCACACUCCAGCACUUCUCUUGGUGUGAUCCAGAGAGCUUCUGCAAAUCUGCACUCUUGUACAUGGGGCUGUCACAUUUUUUCAAACAGCAUUUCCCACGUACCAUCGCAUAUGCUCUGAAACAACCAGAAAUGAUCUUCCAAUGUACAUUGUGAAUGGAGAAUAACCUUUCAUGGUACACUGCAGCCCUUUGCAUUAAUCAGCCAAUAGUGAACUUAAAUGCCUCCUUUUUUUUAAAUGGUAUACUUAGUGAAAAAUGUUGAGGCCGUUUGGAUUUGGAACCAAGAAUGUACUUAGUAAUGACUAAUCUAGUUUAGAAAUAUUUGUAUCUCGUGUCUAGUAACAUGGUUUCUCCAUGUUGCAUUUUUUUGUGGUUGAAAGUGAAUAAUUCAGCAAUGUUUCCAAAUGUCCAGUCGCCUAAUAACAUUGUGUUUGGUGGUGGGCCACUCUGCUCCCUCUUCCCAAUUUUGUACCCCUAGCACAUAGAUUGGAUAAUGCAGCACUUAAAAGACAUAGCACAGAGCUUUAAAUGGAUAAAACAGAGGUGAUUUAAAAGGGUCAUUUUAUGCAUAAAUACCUGUCUAAGAUAACAUUUCUAACUUUUAUAGUCUCUUGGUUGAGAAUCUUACUUGACCCCUUAGGCUGUAAGAGAAAGGGCCAGUUCAAAUGUAGUGGGAAAUUGUGUCCCAUAAAAUGAAUAUGCUCUGUCACACUUUGGGCUAUAUGCAUCCUUCCUGUCUUUUUUUCCAUUGCCUGUGAUAGGAGGAAAUGUAAAGGUUGUUUUUAGAGUUCGGAGGAAACUGCAGUAUUCUGCUGCCUUUAGAUUUGGGAAGCUGUUUUGAACCUGACCUGCACAUAACUGAGGUUUUAAAGAAAUGAUAUAGUUGGACAUAAUGGGUUACUGCUUCUGUUGUUUGAAAAAAACUUAAUGUCCUCUGUGCAUGAAGGAGGUAAGAAGCAUGUAAGCCCAAAGUUCAUUGUAGCACAUUCUCAAAUCAGGAAUCAUGUGAUACAGCCCUUUUGUCUGCUCUGAAUUGAUGUAUUAGAGUAGCCUUCUCCAAGGUGAUUCUAUUCAAAUGCUUUAGUCUUCAAUUCCCAUCAGCCCCAGCCAGCAUGGCUAAUGGUCAAUAUUGCUGGGAGCUGUAGUCUGAAACAUCUGAAGAGCACCAAUUUGAAGAAGUCUGUAUUAGAGGGAUCGUUUCAUAGAGCUCCUGGCUCGGUCCCACUUCUAAAUGUGAAACAGACUGAACAACUGACAAGGUAGAAUUGUCAGAUUCUAUAUACAAGAAAUUAUCUUUCUACUGACUCUUGCUAUUUAUUAUUUUUCACAUUUUGCUUAUUUAAAUUCCUAAACUGUGAAACCUAGUGUGGGAGAAGAAUGAUGCCCUCAGUUGCACAUAUUCCUUUGCACUAUAAUUCCAUCAUUCCAUCCAUUUUACUAUCAAUAAACCUUUUAAAAAGUA